CAUCGUGCAGGGUCACAGACAGCUGGCCCCCCAUGUCAGUGGUCUAGGAUGGCCAGUGAAGCCACCAACAUCCCAAGCCCCGUGGUGCGCCAGAUCGACAAACAGUUUCUGAUUUGCAGUAUAUGCCUGGAGCGCUACAAGAAUCCCAAGGUCCUCCCCUGUCUGCACACUUUCUGCGAGAGGUGCCUACAGAACUACAUUCCUGCCCACAGCCUGACCCUGUCCUGCCCAGUGUGCCGCCAGACCUCCAUCCUGCCUGAGAAAGGGGUGGCUGCACUGCAGAACAACUUCUUCAUCACGAACCUCAUGGACGUGCUGCAGCGGACGCCGGGCAGCAACGUGGAGGAGUCUUCCAUCCUGGAGACGGUGACCGCUGUGGCUGCGGGAAAGCCCCUCUCCUGCCCGAACCACGAUGGGAGUGUGAUGGAAUUUUACUGCCAGUCCUGCGAGACCGCCAUGUGUCACGAGUGCACAGAAGGGGAGCACGCGGAGCACCCCACGGUCCCGCUCAAGGAUGUGGUGGAGCAGCACAAGGCCGCCCUCCAGGUCCAGUUGGAUGCUGUCAACAAAAGGCUCCCAGAAAUAGAUUCUGCUCUUCAGUUCAUCUCUGAAAUCAUUCACCAGUUAACCAACCAAAAGGCCAGCAUAGUGGAUGACAUCCACUCCACUUUUGAUGAGCUGCAGAAGACUCUGAACGUGCGCAAGAGCGUGCUGCUUAUGGAACUGGAAGUCAACUAUGGCCUCAAACACAAAGUGCUGCAGUCGCAGCUGGACACGCUGCUGCAGGGCCAGGAGAGCAUCAAGAGCUGCAGCAACUUCACGGCGCAGGCCCUCAACCAUGGCACAGAGACCGAGGUGCUGCUGGUGAAGAAGCAGAUGAGCGAGAAGCUCAACGAGCUGGCCGACCAGGUCUUCCCGCUGCACCCGCGCGAGAACGACCAGCUGGACUUCAUCGUGGAGACCGAGGGCCUGAAGAAAUCCAUCCACAACCUCGGCACCAUCCUGACCACCAAUGCCGUGGCCUCCGAGACGGUGGCCACGGGUGAGGGGCUCCGGCAGACCAUCAUCGGGCAGCCCAUGUCUGUGACCAUCACCACCAAGGACAAGGACGGUGAGCUGUGCAAGACCGGCAACGCCUACCUCACGGCCGAGCUCAGCACCCCCGACGGCAGCGUGGCGGACGGCGAGAUCCUGGACAACAAGAACGGCACCUACGAGUUCCUGUACACCGUGCAGAAGGAGGGCGACUUUACGCUGUCGCUGCGCCUCUACGACCAGCACAUCCGGGGCAGCCCGUUCAAGCUCAAGGUCAUCCGCUCGGCCGACGUGUCGCCCACCACCGAGGGCGUCAAGCGGCGCGUCAAGUCCCCGGGCAGCGGCCACGUGAAGCAGAAGGCGGUGAAGCGGCCGGCCAGCAUGUACAGCACAGGCAAGCGGAAAGAGAACCCCAUCGAGGACGACUUGAUCCGUGUUGGUACCAAAGGAAGAAAUAAAGGAGAGUUCACAAAUCUUCAGGGCGUAGCUGCAUCUACAAGCGGAAAGAUAUUAAUCGCCGACAGUAACAACCAGUGUGUGCAGAUAUUUUCCAACGACGGCCAGUUCAAAAGUCGCUUCGGCAUCCGAGGGCGCUCGCCUGGGCAGCUGCAGCGGCCCACGGGGGUUGCUGUACACCCGAGCGGGGACAUAAUCAUCGCGGAUUAUGACAAUAAAUGGGUUAGCAUUUUUUCUUCAGAUGGGAAGUUUAAGACAAAAAUCGGAUCAGGAAAGCUGAUGGGGCCCAAAGGAGUCUCCGUGGACCGCAACGGGCACAUCAUUGUGGUGGACAACAAGGCGUGCUGCGUGUUUAUCUUCCAGCCCAACGGGAAGAUUGUCACCAAGUUUGGCAGCCGAGGGAAUGGGGACAGGCAGUUUGCAGGUACACUCGAUGGUCCCCAUUUCGCAGCUGUAAAUAGCAAUAAUGAGAUUAUUGUUACAGAUUUCCAUAAUCACUCUGUCAAGGUGUUUAAUCAGGAAGGAGAGUUUAUGUUGAAAUUUGGCUCCAAUGGUGAAGGAAAUGGGCAGUUUAAUGCACCAACAGGUGUAGCAGUGGAUUCCAAUGGGAACAUCAUUGUGGCAGACUGGGGAAACAGCAGGAUCCAGGUUUUUGACGGGAGCGGAUCAUUUUUGUCCUACAUUAACACAUCUGCUGACCCGCUUUAUGGCCCCCAGGGUCUGGCCCUGACUUCAGAUGGUCACGUCGUGGUUGCAGACUCUGGAAAUCACUGUUUCAAAGUCUACCGGUACUUGCAGUAACAGCCUGCGGCUGGACAGCCCUUCUGAAGGCCUUGCACUAUAAACUGGAGUGGAUUUCUUGACAUGGGACCAGAUUAUGACCAGACUUAACAUGCUAGAAGGAAUCUUCAGUGAACUUUCCGAGGUUAUUUCUGAAUGUAACCAAUUAUUUAAAAACUGCUUAUCCAGUUUCCAGGAUUCACCUUAAGGGUUAAAAAAAGUCUCUUCUGAAUCUUUAAAAACUGCAAAGUUUUACACCUGUGAACUAUGGCUUAUAGGACAGGAAUUUAUGUAGUUCAACUAAUUUUGCAAUCAAACAGUUAAAAAAAUAUUCUAGCGUAUGUAAAGAUACUUGUUACUUGUUAAUCCUGUGAAUGGGUGCCUUUAUGCAAAGCUCCCAAAAACAAAAUCUGUUGUCCUUAUAAACUUUUUUUUAACCUAGGUCACAAGACCCAGGGAACCUUCUAACCUCACUUUUACAGUAGGUAUUACUCUUGUGACAUUGUUUGGGUUAUCAGCGACUGCAUAUGAAUUACUUUAAGGCUAUUGCAAAUCCUCCCAGCUCUGAUCAGCCGGCCUUUUGAGUUGAACGCUUAAGAAUCAGUGCAAAUUUCCUAACCUUUCAGGGUUAGGUCAAAGAUCAUCUUUGUUCUUUUUCACCUCUUUCCUGCUCAUCUUGUUAUCAAAAAACAAAGUCCAUUUUCAAGGAAACCUGAAAUUCCUGAUGCUUUGAAAAUUAUAUUACAAAAGCAACGCUACUUUCUGUUCAAUGAAUAGCUCCAGAUUAACAUACUGGAAUGAUAUCGACAAAAAGUCACGUUUGAUAUGCCAUGUUUUCACGUGUCUUUCCUCUUCCACUUUGUGAAAGCAAAAGCUUUACCUCCUGCAAAAUGUUAGCACAUGUAGUAGGACACCAGUAUCCUAGGACAGAGAGCCAUAAAGAGCCCUUUGGAGGACUCGGUGGUGUCAACCAAAGGCAUGUGAUUGAUCAAUGAUUUUUCCCCUUAGAGAGCAAGUGUUACCAAAGUUCUGUUAUCUUGAGAGCAUUACAGGUAAGGGCAUGUUAUGGUUAUUUAUCAUUGUUUAAUGAAUAGUAGAGGCAUUAAGGGACUAUGUAUACAUGAUUAGGGUAAGAUAGAAUGUUUAAUAUAUACAUAUUUAUAGCUGAAUCUUUGGUGUAUUGACAUAGGCAGCACUCUGAAAGACAGAAGCAUUAUCUAGCCAUUUUUCAGCACAUUCCUUUACCAGUGAAGCUUAAAGCUGUCCUCAUGGUGGAAGCCCUAAGGCAGGUUUAAUUUUUUUUUUUGCCCCUUUUCCAGGAACAAUGAUGGUGGCUGAUGUUUAGUCAGAAAAUGGCUUUCUGUCCUCUUGAAGGAAGAAGACAAAGGAGAUAAAAAGUUGAAUUACAUUUAAUUCAAACUAAGUAUAAAAGCAUUUUGAGAACUGUUAAGAACAAUUUAGUCAAUUGUUCACCUGUCAUUGAUACUGUACAAUAAGAUUCCGUCUGUUUCCACUGUUUAAUUUUCCACUCAGUUCUACCAGAUACAAUGUUGUGUUUGACAUUUUCGAUAAUGACUUGGGAUCUUUUUCAUUGAGAGCACCUUAGAACUGUACUGUAGGAAGCAUUUUCUGAACUUAUUAUUAUAUGAAUGAGAUGUUUAUUGCUUAUUGAUUUAAAACGCAGUCAUCCUCUACAUAGAACUUUUUUAAAUUUAGAAGGAAAAUCUAGCUACUUCCAGUUCUCUAUUAAAUUUAUUACACCCAAAUCAACAUCUGAAAAAAUUUUUUCAGGAAGAUUAACAUUUAUGUUCAUAUUUUAAAAUUUUAUGUAUAUUUUUAAAUAUUCAAGCCUAUCUGUGAUAAAGUCAUAAAAUUUACUAAUUCUGAUUUUUCGAAUGUUAAACUAAGAUACUGUAUCCUAAGGUCAGUGAAAUGUCUUUGAAUUUAUUUUUUUUUCCCUCAGUGCCAGUAAUUGAACCCAGGGCCUCUCACAUGCUAAGCAUGAGCUCAACGCUGAGCUGUACCCCCAGAUCACGUCUGUGAAGUUAAAAAUCUAUCCACGUUUCCAAGCACUCAGAACAGAGCAAUGAAUAGAUAGACAAAAAUUCUUGUCCCCUUGGACUUCACACUCUGGGGAAGAAACUUCAUUUUUCAAUUUACAAAUAUUCCACCUGAAAGAUGGGCUAGAUUCUUGGACCACUUAAAAGAAAAUGUUUUUAAAUUGGUUAAAUUAAUUUUAG